AUGACCAGCACAGAACUACGUGAUGUAAACCAACGACUGAGGGACAUCGACGAUCAAAUUGCCGGCACACUUGCCCACGUUGAACGUUUGCGAAUCCAACGUCUCGAUGUCCUCGUUGACUUCAACAGAGAGAGGUCACUCUUCAACCAACUGCCGCCGGAGCUAAUUUGCGAGAUAUUCCGCUUUGCACUACCACCUCCAAACACUCUUCCCCAUCCUCGCAGUGCUCCCAUUCUCCUUACCCACGUUUGCAGACAGUGGCGCAAUAUUGCCGUCUCGUUUUCCGCACUGUGGAAAAACAUAGUGGCUGCCGAAAUCCUCCAUUGCUACCACAAACCCCAUUUGUUGGAAAUGCUGGAGACUUUCUUGAUUCGGGCUGAGAACACCCCGUUGUCCGUGUCUCUUGUCCAGAGUCACCCAACCCCAACUACCUCCUCCCCAUCCAUGUUUGACGGAUCGCGAAGAACGCAGCUGUUCAGAUUGCUGCGCCGCACAUCUCCUCGUUGGCGUGAGUUUGAGAUAGUAAGACCGUUGAGCGAUCUGCCCCUUCUACUCCUCCGCGACGAGCCCUGGGACUUCCCUCAACUCAACAAGCUAACCAUUUUGUUGACACAAGGGACGCGGCCAGAGCGGAAUUCCGCGAAUAUAAACAUGAAGUUGUCGAACCUCACCGAAGCGAAACAACUGCGAGAGGUACAUCUCAUCGGAUUCGCACCCCGCACCCUUCUUCUCCCUUGGUGGCAACUCACCAAGAUCCACAUUGAAAAUCUAAACCCCUCCGAAAUCCUCGACACGCUCUCAUGUGCAACGAGCGUUGUCGAGGCCACGUUUUCAGUUUGGCCUGCUGCUUUCUUCCAUCUUCCUCGCUCUGCUGCAGAAGAUAUACUAACUGGCCGUCCUCGAGCCCUCAAAUCACUAACUAUCACUGGGGAAAACCACAUCACGCCGCUCUUGGACCACCUGCUACUCUACCCAUUCAAAAAAUUCCACAUCUCAUUCGGCCCAGACAACGAAUUCGCACCGCUCGUGCAGUUCAUCACCUCGUUCCCCAACUUGACCGAUGUUUCCAUCGCGGUGGACGCUGCGGUGCCUCUCCCUGAGCUUGGAGUCUGUCUCGAGCAGAUGACGAAAGUCCAGACCCUCGAACUGAGCAUGCGUAACGGACUUAGCAAUACUAAUCUACCCCGCGCACUCGCGACCAACCCCGAGCUGCUCCCCGCUCUCAAAUCACUCACCAUCCGCGAGCACGUGGACAGAUACCACGAGCCCGCGAUCGACACUGCGGUCGUCGCUGAGAUGCUGCGCGCGCGCUGGGAAGGUGGCAAGGGGCUCAGCGAGUUCGUGCUCGUGACGGAUUACAUGUUCUUCGACCAGGACAACUUGAUGCCGUUUGUGGACCUUGCCAAGGCAGGAAUGAAGAUCCGAGUGCAGUCGCACGGAAGCGCCGGUGGGCCCUUCUUGUCGGUGCAUUUAGAUAGCACUUGGCUCAAGGCGUGA